AAGAAAUCCUAGACCUACCUUUUGUAGGGAAGGAUGAAAAUGCUGUUAGUAUUCCCCAUAAAAAGAAGGAUUUUGGGCUCAUUUCCCCCAAAAUGCAUUAUCCUUUGUUCUCACAUACAUCAGAUACACUCACAACGGAAGUAGUUGACAGAAAGGGUGGAGAUGUUGAGGCUCAUUCUUUUGAGCUUGAAACUCUUGGGGAGAACAAAACAAACCCAGUCAAGGGUUCUGUUGUUACUGAAACAGCAGCCAAGGUGACAGAUGUGAGCUGCCAAGACCAAAUCCAGGGGGCAGGAUUUGUUCCUUUAGUACUGUCUGAGGAGAGUAAGACAGAUCCAGCCAAGGGAUAUGCCACAGUGGCUGAGAAACCAAAUAAAAGGAGUAAUGAUGGAAAAAGUAAGAAGGUUAAAAAUAGUUCUCCAGAGAAGCACAUUCUGGAGAAUAAGAUAGAUGCAACAAAAAUACAUGUUCCCAUGGAAACCACAGGGGACCACAGAGUUGGAGCAAUGGGCUUUGUAGACGAAAAUAGAAAUAUUACAUUUACCUGUCCCAGAACACUGUCAGAACCGAUAAAUAAGUCAGCUCCUCUAGAGGCUCUGGAAUCAGCAGCCUGUGAAAAACUGUCUGCUCCUACUUCUCAAGUAGUAAAGGAAAUUGAUUUCUUUCCAGAUACCUUGGCGCAAAGUGGGCAAGGGAUAGCCCUAGCCCAGAUGCCCAAAUUAUUAGUGGUAGAUAACUGCAACAAAGAUGGAGUCUCAGGCCAAGAAAGCCCCAACGCUUCCUCUGCUGUUGUGCAUUCUGCAAACACAGGAGUUGCCCUACCUUUUAUAGCAGCCAUAGAAACAGUUAACGGUCAGGGAGAUCAUUGUCCUAAGAAUAAAGGUGAGCUUGCUGAUUCCCUGAAAAAUGAAGCAGGGAUCAAUGAAGGGCAUGUGGUAGGAGAAUCUGAGUCAGUGCAUAAUGGUGCAUCCAAGCCUUCAAAAGGGAAAAUCACAGAGCUAGCAAAAGGGCACCUUCUUCCCGGAGUCCUGGUAGAGAACCAGAGCCUCCCAGGAGAGGUCAGAGGCCCAGAAGCAGGUAGGGGUAAUGCCCCAGCAUAUCCAGCGAACAAAGAGAAAGACCCUGAGGAAGGUUCUGCUCCAGUCCAAAUUCCUGACUUACAGGCAGACAAAGCACAAAAGUUCAGUUUCUGUGAGGACCAAAAUCCUGAAGAGAGAGAUUCCAGGGGCCCAGAUAGUUUAAAUAAAGAAGGGGAUAUGACUCUUUUACCUCCAAAAAAUGAAAAGGAUAAAUUGAAGGAAUUUAAUCUGGCUUGUAAAAUCACAAAAUUGGAAUGUGCUUCCUUGUCAACUUCAGAACUCCAGUCAGAUAGUAAAGUCGAAGCUCCUCCUCCAGGAGUGGUAGAUAAGUUGGUCCUGACUACUUCCAAAGGUCUUCAACUUCCUGGACUCAAUGAUAGGGUCUUGGAGGCACCUCAGAAAAUGACAGAAAAAUCAGAAUCAAAGACACUGAGAGAAGGGAAGAAGGAAGAUAAAAGCAGAAUGGCAGAACCAAUGAAAGGCUAUAUGAGACCUACCAAGUCCCGAGGACUUGCUCCACUUUUUCCAAAGUCUUCGAUCCAAGAACGAGAGAGAUCCAAGCAACUGAAGUCCAGUGGUAUGAACCUGCCAUGGGUGAAUGUGUGUGCUUGUGGUUUUGAGUCAGCAUCACCCAAAAGGCAAAAAGCUUGUGUGUUAGUUCUAUCCAGACUCUAAUCAUCCUUGUUAA